AUGCCGCCCUCCGGAACCGAACAAGCAAAGCAGAAGUUUCAAGCCGGGAUCGAGAAGACCCGGCAGGCAGCAAAUCCGGCUCCCGGCGAGUCGACAGGCACCAACCCCAAGCUAGGGGCCGCCAUCUCCAAACUCGCCAAGGGCGAGACCGAGGCGUCGUUGUACACGGCGAAGGGCGGGCCGAGCGGGACGGACAGGACCAAGGAACCGGGUGGGCUGUGA